GUAAACCGCAGCUUUUCAGUUCCGGAAAAUGCCUUGCAAACGAGCUCUUAUAGCAUUGCUCUGUCUCACGAUCAUAGUUCUAAUUACGAGCAUCUGCCAAUCUUUUCACACGAAUUUUCGAGCAGUGGGCCGCAAUGGAACGCUAAGAUAUGAGCCCACUGAACUGGAUCUCGGUCAGAUGCGAUUUCUCGCCGGACUCUCUGACUCUGAAAAUCUUCGCAGAACUGUGCAAAGGAUUUCGAUAAAGAGGGUAGUGGGCACUCCAGGACAUUCGAAAGUGAGAAAUUACAUAGUGGAUUACCUGAAGAAACUGGACUGGAACGUAGAACUAGACCUUUUUACGCAGAAAGUGCCAAUUAAGAGUGCCGUAACCUUCCAAAAUAUUGUGGCGCGUCAAAAUCCUCGGGCCCAAAGAUACCUAAUGUUUGGCUGCCACUAUGACAGCAAGUAUUUCAAGGAUUUCGAUUUUAUGGCCGCCACGGAUUCGGCAGUUCCCUGUGCACUGUUGUUAAAUAUGGCUACAAUUUUGAGAAACCAGUUUCAUCGCUCUGAUAUCAGUUUGAUGCUGGUCUUCUUCGACGGCGAGGAGGCAUUCGGGGAAUGGUCGGCGGAGGAUUCACUGUAUGGCUCCAGACAUUUGGCGGAGCUGUGGGAGAAGCACGGCUUACUGGAUAAGAUAGACCUCUUCGUGCUGCUGGAUCUAAUUGGAGCUAGGGAUGUAGUCUUUAAGAAAAACAUUCCAAAUACUUCAGGCUGGUUUCACCGACUUGUCCAGCUGGAGAAGAUGUUAUUCCAGGCGGGCAUCCUGCGACUAGAACGUCCACUAUUCAAGUUUGAGCCCAGCACAGAUGUAGAUGAUGACCACCUGCCUUUCACCCGCCGCAACGUUCCGGUAAUCCAUCUAAUAUCUAAUAAAUAUCCAGCAGUUUGGCAUCUAGCCGAAGACGUGGAGAAGAACGUGGACUACAAUACUACGGAGCAAGUGGGUCUUGUGCUGCGAAUGUUUGUAAUGGAAUACCUCAAUUCGGCUCCAAAUACCGUUUACCAGUUAUAAUAAAUCUGCCUUUAGACACCUACAAAAAAAUUAAAAAAAAAUAAAUUUCUAAAUUUGACUGCAAA